AUGAGAAUUCUGAAAGAUUUUUGUGGAAUUUUGAUAUGUAUUAUUGUUUACACAAUCAUUAUACUUGUAGCUUGCGGGGUUAUUUUUCUAGCAAUUAAGCCUAUUUCUGAUGAAGGUUACUUUGAUUUUGACUUGAUGGUUGGAAUUUAUUUGCCAUUCUUAGUCUUAUCACUAACAUCACAUUUUGCAUGCAUGGUAACUGAUCCAGGGAUUUUAAAUAAACAAAACACGGUAGAAAUUUAUAAAAGUUUGCUGGAAGAAGAUAAUAAGGAAAAUGUAUGCACUUACUGCAAUGUGUGAAAACCUCCGAGAACCCAUCAUUGCAUGACUUGUAGGUCGUGCAUCCUUAACAUGGAUCAUCACUGCCCAUGAGUGAAUAACUGCAUUGGCUUUUAUAAUCAAAAAUAUUUCCUGCUCUUUUUGGUAUAUACACUUAUCGGAGUUAUUAUAUCUGAAGGAUUUCUCUUUUGCAAAGUAUUAGCAAACACUAUUGAAGGAAUAGAAAAAUCACGAUUUGAAGCCUUUUUUUUAACAUUUACUAUAGUGGUAGCUGGCGUAUUUUUUUUGAUGAUCAGUUCUAUUCUGAGUGAUCAAAUAAGUUAAGUUACGCCACUUCCAAGGCACUGUUCUACUGAGUAGCCAUAAUGUUACCACAUGAGUGUCGCAGAGGCAUGUAGAUGGAUCAACCUUAGUGAGAGCCAGGGCCGAAACCAAUGGUUUCUCGGUACUGGAUUUCCCUAUUCGAUCUGCCUUAUGCGAAUUUGCAAGGAACCUCUAUUUCUAGCUCCCUUUUUAUGGGGCUCUUUUAAUUGGAGAGAAUCGCUUUAAAAACCUUGUUCUUGCCUGUCUUCCCUCUUUCCUUGCAUCAUCUUCUUCGAAAGAACUCAAUAGCUUAUGCUAUUAUGAACAGGCCACAGAGCUGCAUAAGCAGCUAUAGUGAACUACACUGACUGGCACGGGGUGCUUUUGGCUCAGUUUCGAGCCAAAAGCACCCCGUGCCAGUCAGUUUAGUUAGCUAUAGGUCGCCCUGCUUCAUAAAAAGCUGCUGCUCGGGUAGGGCCACUAAUCAGAGAAUAAUGAUGUGCCUCUCGCCUCAGCUCUUUGCACCAAAAAAAAAGCAUUUAUGAAUAUAUAGACUUUAAGACUUAUUUUUUAAUUAUGGUUUUACCAUGCCAAGCAGGCUUAUUGUCAUAAAGAGACCAUUUACUGUUUCAGAAUCUCUAAUUUCUUCAUUUAAAUUUUUUUUUAUACUUCUUUUCUUGGAGUGGCGCUGCAAGUGCAGGCCACUCCAUGUGGAAUUCCUGUGUUGGUUUAACCAACAUAGGAGUUGGUCGAACCAAAACUGUGCGUUGGUUCGACCAAACCAUGAAUUCCCCAUGGAGUGGCCUGCGCUUGCAGCGCCACUCCAAGGAAGUUUCUAUAUAAUUGAUCGGAUCAGUGCAAAGUCGAACUGUAUAAUUUCAGUGAUUUGUCAAACCAAAAUGUGGUUAGUUUGUCAAAUCUCGCUGGGAUAUGAAAUUAUGUUUCAUAUUAAAAAUAAAUGGAAACCAAAUUCAAAAUUUAGAAUUCUAACUAAUUAGCUUAAUAAUAAAAAAUUAAUUAUGUUAUAUUUAGUUUAUGUUUAUGCUUAUGCUUAUAGAAUUCCUCUAGCACUACGGUGCCUCAAAGUCUUUAUUACUUGAGAUCCAGCUUCAAUAGCAGCUCUGAGCAACAGUAGGUGGAUCGGCCUUACUAUCCGACCGUUAAAGUUAUUAAGCCCUUUCAGACUUCUCUAGUCCAUGCCAGACUCAGCACAGACCUCUUCUCUUCAAGCCGAGACUCUCAAGAAACUUUGAAUUCUCUCACAAAGCUCGGAUAAUAGGGCUAUCCUGAAGAUCAAAACUAAGACCAUAUCCCUAACUGCCAUUUUUAAUAUUUUUAUUAUAUUUAGUUAAAUUAUUGUAAUAACUUUUACACAAGCUGUGAAGAUAGCUUUAAAUUUUCUAAAAUUCAAUUUUGGCUAACAAAACUGCAAAAGCCAUGCGCUUUAACAUCGUACUGAAACAAAUUGUGACGAUAAAGUUUUAAUAAAAAAAUAGAGAUCAUAAAAAAAUUAAUAGCAUUUUUAGAGCAAUUAAAACUGUCUUUUUUGGGUAGUAUGCCAAGAGAUAGGUUGCCCAUUUUAUGCAUAUAGUGAUCAAAUUAAAGCAAUAGUAAACAACACAUCGGGAAUUGAUGUCUUGCAGCACAAAAAUUUUGUAAAGGUAAUUGAUAUUUAGCGGCCUUUAUAUGUAAAUUUACAAGAAAUUUUUGGGGGCAAGUUGUCACCGUUAUGGCUUAUUCCAACUCCAAUAAGCGGAAAACCUAAAAAAGUGGUAGAGAGAGGCUAUGAAGCUCCAAAGACUCAGGAUAAUUCAUAA